AUGGCACUUGCAGGCCGUUAUGUGUGUUUUUCUGGCUUUUGUGACGAUGAAGAGAACGAAGACGACAAUGAUGAUAACUCCGCAAGGACAACAAAAGAAGGGAAGGAAGGAGGGGCAAAGGCAUGGUCGUUGCAGGCAAUGCGAAUGCUUUGUGAAUCGUUGGGUGCCGUGGUACAGGCAGACAUUACGAGGCGCACCUCUGUUCUUGUUGCAAGGCAAGGUCUUACGCGGAAGCGUUUGGUGGCGGAGCAGCAUGGCAUCCCCGUGGUAUCGCCACGAUGGCUUGAGUCUCAUGGACGCCUUUCCUUUGCAGAUGCAAAGGUUCCGUCCCUCUUUGGUUAUACGUUCUGCUCAACACAAAUGACGGCGGAAGAGGAGAAGGCGCUUAGCACCAUCAUUGAACAAAACGGAGGGGUCUUUGAUCGUACACUCACGGCUUGUACGUCAAUGCUUUUUGUUCCGCCUGGUUGGAUGAAGCGAUGGCGGCAACAACAGCAGCAACGUAUGCGCGGACGUCCUUCGACAGGGCCGCAUGGAGAUGGGCCGCCGCCUGUCCUUCCAGAGAAGAUUCGUUUUGCGUGGGCUACAGAAAUUCCUGUUGUGGAGUAUCCCCGCUUUCUGGCCAUGGCGGCGUUGAGUAGCAGCAAUGGGGUGAACAUGAAGUGCGACAGUGUCGCGGCCCGGGCGGACUUUGAUACCAUUGCACGGCUCUGUGCGCUGCCCAUUUCCGUCGCAGGUGGACUUGUCCUUCACACGCAGCGGAAUGACGGUAGUACGGAGGGUGGUGCGGCCAAAGCAGUCGAGGAGGCUGAGGAGGAUCUCGUGAAGGGGCAAAGUGAUUUCAGCCAUUUGGAAAAGCGACCCCGUGAAAUAGGUGAGAUGAAUGCUCCAUACGAUGGCGAUGGUGGUCCGCGAAGCAAGAGGGUGCGGAUAAUACAAGGGAACGAUGAAUCCACGAUUCAGGUGCCGGAUGCUCUGCAGAAUGAUGGCCAUCACGGGGAACGAAAGACUAUUGAAAAUGAGGAGAAGUCCAUCCAAACGAAGCACGAAGAGAAGGUUUUGGGCCCAUCUUGUGUGCGGAAGGAUGAACCGUUAGGUUUGAUAUCAGGUGACGCAGCGGUCCCUGUACCACCAUCAUGCCCCCGUCGUUGCACCGUGCGAAGCUCAUCCGUAGAGGCAUCCAGGAGUGAUGAUGCUUUCUUCAGUAACACUAUCUUCACUUCCGGUCAUCCGUUCGUACAGGUUACAUUGCUGGGAUGCACAACACGAGAGUCGGUAGACUGUGUACACAUGAUUCUACAUUGUCGCUUUAUGCGUACUCCUGUUGUCACGCCCUGGACCGACGUUGUGGUGGUGGGAAGCGCGUUUAUUCAGGAGUAUUUAGGGGACGUUAGUGCAGUGGAUGAGAAGAAAGGACCGCCACGGCCUUUACUCCAGCAUCUUCAUCACGAACGGGGUCAGUUGCUGGCCCGGUUACGGGAUCACUUGGCUCUCAAUUACGGUAUACCCAUUGAACGCGUUGUGGGUGUGGAAUGGCUUCACUCUUGUUAUCAGCGCAUGAUGUUUCAACACACACCGGGCGCCAUGGAGAAUUCGCAUAUUCCCUUUUUUCCUGCAUCGCUUCCUUUGCGUGAAAUGCCGCCUACAGAGAAGUACCACCUGCGGAUUCCCUCUACGGUCUCAAACUUUGAGGCACCACCGCCACCGCCAGAUGGGCAGCAGGGAAACGAGCCGGUAGCGCCUCCUUCAUCUCGGCUGAGGAAAAGGAAGGCGCUGCACGCUUUGCAAGAACAGAGUCGAAGUGCCUACAAUCCAACAUCCAAUGCGAAGGACGUGCCAGAAGCCGUGAAUACCGUGCAGCAACAAUACGAAGCUGAAAUUCGUCUUGCAGAUCAUCGAGUGAAAAAUCUUUUGGCUCUUCUAGACAAUGCAGCGGAAACUAUCGACGGGGGUUUGACUCCGCUCUUCUCUUCUUUGUUUUGUUUUGUGGAAAAGGAAUUCUCUCGCAUCGACUUGGCUGUUGUGCGUGCACUCAUCAAGCACGGCAAAGGAGCGUGGCUGAAGAAGAGUAAGGACGAUUGGGUUAGACUACUAACUCAAAUCGGCACCAAUGCGGCAUCUGACGAGAAUCAAUUGGUAGAAACUGAGCUUAUAGGGUUUGUACGGCGGUACAGCGUCCUACGCAAGCGACUUUAUCUUAUGCAAACUGAAGAUGGUGAAGCCGAGGAGGCGCCAUUGCGGGUGUCUACGGCUAUGGAUGGAAACCACGGUCGCAAACAAUCUUCUUCGGAUGUAACUACGCAUCACCCCACCUUUGCGCUGUACGUUGUGCCACACGGAGACCAACGCCCCGCUGAGUGCCUUCUUAAAAGUGAAAUUCGACGAGGAACGAUGCCGCAGCGACAUCCACUGCGUUACCUCCCCGCUGUGACUCAGGAUUACAUCUUGUGUUGCUUGGCAGCUGGGCAUAUGCUACAUCCAGGGAGUUGUUUUCUUUUCAGUAGCCCGUUGCCCACUGAGGCGGAGCGACUCGCACGACGGCGACGGCGCAGUGAAUCAGGGAAGCCUUUAAGCGUUUCUCCGUGGCUUGGACCACGUCGGCACGAGAAGGCACCACUUACCGGUAUUUCCAUUUUUUUUCUUUGUGCCAUGAAGGACGAGGUGAGCGCGGCUGCUACCGCACUGCGGCGUGUAAUGGUAAGUUGCCUUACGGCAGCAGUCUGCGAGUUGGGCGGUCACAGCACGGUGGUGUUGCUGCCAGAAACAGUUACCCACGUUGUGGUUAUCGACAUUGCGUCCGUGUUGGAAUCUGAGCUUCUACCUGAAGCCACUGUAUAUGGCUAUUCCCCAUGGUUCAAGACAGAGGAAACCGAAGAACGGGAAAGAGAGGAAUUACUUUUGCGCGGCUCCGAGUGGCCUCAUGCACUGCAGGAUCAGUUACCAGAGGAUCUUGUGGAACACGUUGUCAAGGGGCGGGUCUCAUUGGUUGGCGUGGAGUGGUUGCACGCCAGUUUGGCAUGGGGUGUCUUCCUCGACGAGGCGUCAUUCACCCUGACGGUGGCGCAACAACAGCAACAACAACAACAAAUGUCACAACAGCAGCGGUACGAAGGAAGAAGUGUGGUGGCAGGCUCUGCCGCAACACCUCCUCUGUCGCCGAGUCGACGCGCCGCCUCCGCCGACAUAACAUUGCUUCCAUUUGAAAGCUCUACAAGGACCAACACAAUUACAGGCAUGGCGUUAUCGCCACAGGCAGGCGCCGGUUACCAAUUUGAUUUUUCAACGCCUACUGCCACGCCAAUACGUCUGCGUCCGCAGAAGGAUCUGCUGAAUGAAUCCAGCGCCAGUGUACCAAGGCAGAGUUGUCCACGAUCGACAUUGCGGACACCUCGACGACAACGCGUCAGUGUGCCCCGCACAAUUUCACCCGCCGUCGUGUUGGUGGGCGAAUCAAUGCACACGGAGGAGCGAGACCCUUCCGAGGAAGCCGAUACGGAAGAAAGGUGCGUUGCAGCAACUCCACCGCAAAAAUUGGAGUUUCCGACAGUUGAAAAGCAUGCUUGCACCCCGAUCCGUGGAACAGCCAUACUUGGGACUGAGGAUGAUGUGACCAGUAAUGGUAGCAAUGAUGAUGUUGUUGCAGUUGCAGGUUCCCGGAUGCGGCCUGGAUAUCUUCAUGGUGAAGGCAAAAACGUUCCAUUGGCGGUGGCAAUGCCGCAACAAUGGGACCCCGAGGCAAGCAGCAACAGUUGCGCCGGCCCACACCAUUCGACCACGCCACCACCUGUGUUGGUACCUAACGAUUUAGGUGACUCCUUAUCAUCGCGGUUUUCACAUGCUAGUGCCGCAUUACGGGUUCAUAUUGUCCAUGACAUGCCGGACAGAGAACGGCUCAUAGCAUCCUGCGUAAGACUCAGUGAAGCUGCGGUCAAUGGUAGCACGUUCUUUAACAGCGAGGGAAGCAACAGCAGUCCAAAUGGCGUGUGUGACGUUCCUGGGAAUUUCCGGCAGCAACACCUUCCACGUCAGAAGAACACGGCAGCUGUUUUCACUCAUUUGCAACUUGUCGGGCCUUCUGUUAGAGAUGCGGAUGUCCUUGUGACACACCAACUUACGCAGCGAGAAAGCGUUCUUGCGGCCAUUGCUGCUGGACUGUGGGUGGUGACACCGAAGGCGUUGCAGGACUGUGAGUCGCGUCAAUGUUUUCUUCCACUACGUGACUUAUCCGUGUACGAGUGGUGCCCGGAGCUUUUAGCGCCUGGGUCGCCCCGUAGCAGUCUCCAGCUCGCACAGCAGUGUAAGAGCCGUCGUCAGCAGCGACAAGCGACUGGAACUCGUCUUUUUGAUGGCAACUGGUUUGUUCUUGUUUUUCCAAACACUGCGGUUGGUCUAGCGCGGGCGCGUUCAAUGCGAACCGUCCUGGAAGCAGGCGGCGGUGUGGUGACGUGGGCAACUUGCUUCUUGGCCGAUCAGGAAGCAGAACCAGCCGGUAUCGUAGGUGACAAAUUAUCGUCCCAAGAAGACGCCAAAAUGCCACUCACUCGCCGCUCCGUCACGCCGAUGGCAGAACCCACAUCCGUAUCGUCUCCCGCGGCACUACUUGAAUUUGUUUUGUCGCGGAUCCGAGGCCAAGAGGAGGAAUUCAGCAAUGGCGAGUUUGAUAAGCACGAUGACAUGACAAAGCCCCACCCAAAGCCUGCGAAGGAGCUUAUUCUCCUGCUUGAUGGCUUCUUGCAGAAAAAUACGGCGAGGAGUUGGUUGCGGGAAAUUGUGGAGGUAUUUAGUCACGCGCAGGCAUCCUUUACGGAGGCGAAGAAAAAGGCUUUUGCAAGGAGACAACGCAAGCAGGGUGAAAAUCGGACGCAAUGUCCAGCGUGGGAAUCCACAAGAGCAGGGAAUGAGGUGAAAGGGAGUGAUGUACGGGGAAACGGUUUGACGAUGUGGCCAGUCACUAGGUCUCUUCCUCGCCCUGCACUUUUUCCAGUGUUAGGACCUCCCCUGCGAGUGGACACGAGGGACAGUGAAAAUAACGUUGAAUGUGGCAUGCCGUUUGUAGAAGUGGUUCGUGUCUUUUCUUCAGAUUGGGUAACUCUGGUGAUUCAGAAACGGCGGAAGGCACCCCUGUGUGUUGUGGAGGUUCCUUCUUAA